UUCUUUUUAGAACAGUACUCUUGAUGCUGCUGAAAUAAGACACUUGCCAUAAUUAACUAUAAUUUUAAAUGAAGUUGUGUUGGAAUUUAAUAAAGCCAGUUAAAUGCUAAAACCUGUGUUCAAGACAGAUGACUGAAAUUAAUGAGUAAAAUAAUUAGCCAAGAUUAUAUAUUGUAAACAAGGAGUCCCCAAACAUAUUUUUUCUUCUCUGAUCUUGUGGAAUCAGUUGCAGAGACACCCUCAAGGCUGAGUGCAUUAAUAACUUUCUUGGAGAUGGGAACAUUGGUAGGUAGAAAGAAUCCUAAAAAGAAAGAAUAUAGCAACAACAAGAAAAAGACUAAGAUUGUGACAAAGACCCAACUGGGUUCUCUUGGUUAUAAACUCUUCUCCAUCUGGUGCUACAACAAUGAGUGGGAAAUCCCUGCUCUUAAAGGUCAUUCUCUUGGGUGAUGGUGGAGUUGGGAAAAGCUCGCUCAUGAACCGUUAUGUAACCAAUAAAUUUGACUCCCAGGCUUUUCACACCAUAGGGGUAGAGUUCUUAAAUCGAGAUCUGGAGGUAGAUGGACGUUUUGUAACUCUCCAGAUCUGGGACACUGCAGGGCAGGAACGCUUCAAGAGCCUUAGGACACCCUUCUACAGGGGAGCAGACUGCUGCCUCUUGACUUUCAGCGUGGAUGACCGGCAGAGCUUUGAGAACCUUGGUAAUUGGCAGAAAGAAUUCAUCUACUACGCAGAUGUGAAAGACCCUGAGCACUUCCCCUUUGUAGUUCUGGGUAACAAAGUAGACAAAGAGGAUAGGCAAGUGACUACUGAGGAGGCACAGGCCUGGUGCAUGGAGAAUGGAGAUUACCCUUAUCUAGAAACAAGUGCCAAAGAUGAUACUAAUGUGACAGUGGCCUUUGAAGAAGCUGUCAGGCAGGUGUUAGCUGUAGAGGAACAGCUGGAGCAUUGCAUGUUAGGUCACACUAUUGACUUGAACAGUGGUUCCAAAGCAGGAUCUUCAUGCUGUUAAAAGUGGGAAGCCUUUUAAAAGUGUGCCCCAACUGGUCAGUGAGUAGUGUAAGAAUAACUGUGCCCGUCUAAGACUGCACACACAUACAAAAGGGUAAGAGAUAAGGUUAUGAUUGUAAAUCAGAGCCUUUCAAAUUGAAGUUGUAGAGCGAUUAAAAAAAAAAAGCUUUAUCAAGCCAAGUGUAUUUUGCGUGAUUUCUGCUAUUUCCUUCUUGUGUGUUUCAGGACAUUUCAGAAAGCUUUAGUUCUGAAAGAUUUAGAUAUUUUUCAAGUCACAGUUUAAACUUAGAACCCAGCCGCAUGAAGGAGUUAAAGAGCUACAGCUAUCCCUUAAAGCAUUCCAUUAAUCAACUAACAAAUGUCACCAUCAACUCUUGCCAAGCAGUUUCUGACAUGUCUGCCAAAGGGGAAAAAAAUAAGACUCUGAGUCGUAUUACAAUAAAGAUUAUAAUGCAAACUAGGAUGUCCUAAGCUUGAAUUAUAAAGAGGUUGUAAUGAUUAGGAAUGCAAAAGUAUAAUGAUGUACACUGCCUUGUUUAAAUCCUUAUGUACGGUUUGCUCCCAUCUGAGCUUUUCAAAAAAAUACCAUCUCAAUAAGAGAUACACUAAUGACACUGGAGAUUUAUUAUACUCCUUGUGUUUGAAGUAACAGGGUCCUAGUGAAUGGAUUAUGUUUAAAUAUGCCAACCACCCUUGCAAGUAAAAGGUUGGUCUGCUUUCACUUCAUAAGUCUACUUUUGCUGCACAGGGAUGUUGCUUCUCUGACAACCUCUUAUUAAUUCAGCAAUGCUGCUUAGUAUAUGGCUUUGGAUGCAGUGCACUCUGCUCAUAAUUUUGAUGGUCCUUUGGUCCACCAUACUGUGCUCUCAGAGAAGCCUUCAGAACAGGUUGGAGGAUACUGGGCUUUUCUCCUAAGGUUCCGUAACUCGAAUAUUUAUUGUAGAAGAAGGAACUGAUUUCUUGUAUGCACUGUAUGUUGAGCUGGCCAAACUAGGAUGUUGAAAGUAACAAGAGAACAUACUUUAACCCAGCAUUAGAAUGAACUUAUGAGAGUUGUCCAACAAUAGAAUGGACUGCCUUAAUAGUGAACCCCCUUCCAGUGAAAAUAUUCAAGAUGCUGGAUGACCAUCUGUUAAAAUAUCAUAAAAAUAAUUUCUGUACUGGCUAGAUGUUUGGUUUAAGGUCCCUUCCAGCUCUGAGUUCUAGGAAUCUACGAGCUACAAACUACGUUUCAGUGCCAUGUUAUAGUUAGAUAUAUCUUAAGACAACAGCUAAGACUAUGGAAAGGGACUUUAAAAUUUCUCAAACUACUCUGGGAUCAGCAUUUAACAGCAACUACAUAGCUCUUUCUUUUGCUUUUGCACUAUGGCAGGAAAAAUUCUUGAGCUCUGAGUAAUCAUUAUGUGCCCAAUAUAAACAUCCUGAAGAUACCAUAUUAAAAUACAAAAACAGUUUGUCAAAUUUUGAUUACCAUGACUGCCAGCUAUAUACUAUAUUAUGAAUAUGCAGCUAGUUCUUGUCGGUUGAUAUAUUUGUCCUGCAUAGCUUUUAAUCUAUACUUUUACAACAUCUAUGAUAAAAAUAGUGACCCAAGGUAGUGAGAGACAGUUAGAAAUGACCCCAAAAAGAGACCUAGGUUGGGAAGGGGGCAGGAGCUUUCACAGGAAUAUAGCCUAGAACUCUCCAUUGUAGCCACAUAUGGAAUCAGCCUUACAUGUGGGACCUUAUGUGCUUUAAGAGCUCUGGGACUUUUUGGCCACAUUGAUAAGUGGAAGAUGAUAUUUUAACCCAGUAAUGCUCAAUAUGUCCAAUUUAAAUAUAGUCCAGACCCCAUUGUCCAACUAAUUUUGAUGCCAGAAGUCAAAGCCAGAACUGGGGCCCCACAGCUCUUAAGUAUUGGUCUCUAUCCUGCCUAUGCCUAUAGCCAGCCACACUGGUUUCCAAGUUCUAUGAUCAUUUUGCUACAAUCAUGUUUGUUAGGGUGAAAAUAUGUAUGUCGGAACUAUUAAAUGCUAAUUGUUUUUAAGUGCAUGAGACCUGGGGCCUUCUCUUUCUACUUGCACUCUGCUUAUAAUAGUUUCUAUUUGUAGAUCUCAGGCCUUCAUAAAGACCUCCAUCCACUCACAGAAGUACUUGUCACUAUUAGAAUGGCAUGUGAUCAUUUAAGUAAAAAAAAAAUUACUUAGGUAUCCCAUUCAUAGGCCUCCUGUCCAUACAAGACAAGUGUUAAGUCAUUUGAAGCCCCUUUCCUCUUAGCCAUACCAUUUUUUUUCUGCCAUAUCACUACACAAUAUCUUAAUGAAAGCGCUUAAUAUUCAGUGACAAAAAAUAGUGGCAUUUUGGUGAGUAAUACUCAGUGGGUUGUGGACAUAUAGUUUGGGUAAAAUUUAAAAAAACACCAAAGGCUGAAAUCUGUGAGUACAAGAAACUGUGCAUAUAGGCUUAGAAAUUGUUUACUCUAGAAUGUGCAGUGCAAUAUUUUCAGUAGGUGUUUUUUUUUUAAUGAACACUAGAUUUUUUGGAACAAGAUAUUUCUAAUUGGAACUAUAUUGUUUUUCAAUGGUCCAUUAAAACAUCAUACAGAAUAUCUAUUUAAUUUAUUUUCAUGUGUUGGGCUAACAUUCAGGGGGCCUCAGAUUCCAUAUGUCUUCAGUGGAUUGAUGAAUUUCAGGUUAAUUUGUGCCUGCCUCAGCCAUCUCUACUUUACCCUGAGGUAUUCCACAAUCCUCUUGUUGCAGGUGCUGCUAAAAACUCAAAAUUGUGUAUCAGAUAUUUUGUUUCAACUGUAAAAAUAUCAUCUGUGUUAAAGUGAAUAAAAAGUGCA